CACAGCUAACACGACGAUAGUGCGAAGCUAUGGCACGCUGCUUUGCUGCAUGUUACCACUGUCAUGGCUCAGACUUCGCCUUCAGCUCAGCUAUCCAAGCACCCAGCUCCGAACAUACCAAGUGCUAAUGGCCCUUCCAAUGUCACCCAAUUCACGCCUCGCAAGGAAUUCAUACGCGAUCAACGAGUCAUUUCCUCCUUCGCCCUUCUUGCUUUGUCUGGCGCGAACCUCGUCCGGCUCUACAGCUUUCCUGGCCUUGUUAUAUCCGCUCUGCGCCGCCUCUUUGAUCAACAGGAUCUCAUCGUGAGCGUCCGCGAACAUACCCACAAGCACUUCUUCGAAUUCGCGCUCGACCGGAGGCCGUGGGCAAGCCCGAAGAGCGUCGAGUCCGAGAAGCUCAUCAUCGCCAUUCUCGGCGCCGUCUUUCAGUGCGGUUACUCCUUUCUCUCCAUGAUUGACUAUGGCCGGGAGCCAGACGACCGCGUAGCUAUCGCGUUCUCGAAACCCGUCGCCCUCUCCGCCCCGGUUACCGUAGGACAGGUUGCGUCCUCCUCUACAGUCGUGCUGCCCCAGCCCAGCCGCGCUCCCUUUGCCAUUUCGUUUGUCUCCCCAAGCGUGCUGCGUGUGGUGGAUCCGCCAUUGGCCUCUACACCAGCCAUCAUUCAGGCUGUGAGAGGCUCAUGGCCUUUGGGUGUAGUUUCGGAGAAGAAGCUAGGCGAUGCUACGUACCAAUUCAAGCUCAAGGGGUACAAAUUUUUCCAGGAGGACAACUUCGCCGCGGAUUCAUUGCACCAGAUCCUGACCUUGUUGUCGACUCUCGACAGCCAUGCAUUUACACUCCUCACUUCCCUCACCCUCACGAAUCGUUCGCGUAAACAAGAUUUAUGGAUAUUUACAGGACCCGCCGAGGGUCCCCACUCCGGAGAAUCGGCUCAGUCCAGCCCUGCCGGAUCCAGUAUGGAGCUGAAGGCGGAGAACAGCCCGUACGGUGCUCAGACGUCGAAUGAGAAGCUCGCACCCGUUGCGUCGACGUCCCGGUUGAGUACGUUACCUGCUGUUUCUUCGCCUUUGAACCCGACAGUGGCGAAGGCACUAGGCAACACCUUGCGCAAGGCGUCGCCUAAAGUGAAUAUCCCGCUGGCCUUCAUGGACGACGUCGAUAGCGCCACCAAUUCCCCCGUCGACAACAAGCAGCAUCCGUUCUCGAGUAGCAUGGGCAGCGUGGACAUGACUGGCAUUGGCUCGGGUCGCGGUAAAGGCGGAGAGCGUCUGUCGCGAUCGCCGGAGUUGCUCUACAUGACUACUGGAGUACCCGGAAAUGGGUACAUCCAAGGGCAUCGGGACGAGCUCAAUCCAUGGAAUAUCGUCCCUUCUUCACAGUUGCCACCCACGCUUCCAUAUCCCGCAUUCGUCCAGGAUCCCAAUACCCCGCGUUCCCCGCCACCUCAGGAUGCUGUUCCCCCAUUGUCGCAUUCGAGGAACGCGUCUCCAUACCUCACGCCUCAAGUGCAGUCGCCUGAGCCAACACAAGCCUCACGGCAGGACUAUUUCGGUGGCAAUGGGUCCUCCCCAGACCGCAGCCAGGACAGCGUGAGGCGCGACAAGGACGGCUCGCCUCGCGAUGCGCCGGACACGCCUCGUACGCCUACACCGCCACUAUUACCCUCGGCCGUUUUUCGUGACUCUGCACUCUCUAUCACCACCGGAAGGACCUCUUAUGAGAUUCCGAUCCAAUGGACCGGCAGAGACCCCGAGCCAGGGCGCACGACACUGGCCUGGAUCAAGGAGGAAGAUGAAGGGGCGAAGCAGCGACAACCUACACCAGAACUCAAGGAGCGCCCGCGCGAGCAGCCUCGUCCAAGAAUGGAAAGAACGUCGACGGGCCCCAUGUCCCUAGGCGCCUGGGCCCCAGCUCCAAAAGACGAGCGACGGGCCCAUGACGUCGUCAUAAGCAUGUUGCCUCCUACCAUCAGGGAGCAACCUAGUCAAGAACACGACGAACGCGGCCAGUUCACUAGCAGAGGAAAGAGCAAGCUGGCGACAACAGAGACGGACACCCGGGAGACGUCGAAAUCGCCCGACUCCACGACGAGCGGAGGGCAGAGCGGAACCACGACGACAUCGAGGCGACGACGAAGCCCGACACGCCGAGACACCGAUGGAUGGGUCUUGGUCAACAUCGACAGGGGAGAUCGGAAGGACAAGACGUCCUCCACGGGUCGUCAGACCCACAGCGUGUCCCCAACGCGUCGGACGAAGUCGCCCACCCUAGGACCACCCACCCAGCGCCCUACGCCCCACAAGCGCAGUAGCUCCGAUUCUCGCGUCCAGCGCUCGCCGCAGCCCCAGGAGGGCGCGCCGGUGGCUAGCAUGUCGGCUGCGGCGAAGGCCAUAGUCAUCAUCGAUGCAGUCGGCGCGAAGGAGAAGGAGCAAGAGAAGUCGUCGAACUCUGGAUUCAGGAAGAUGUUCUCCAAGAGUCGCGAGAAGGGCUCGAAGGGAUGAUGAAGAUGGAUGUACUACCGACAAACGUGCACUAGUUCGUGUUUGCAGAUAACUGCUCUAUUUAUUGGAUAGACUGACGUUACAUCGUGCCUCGGAUUCGAUUUCUUCGCGCCAAAGGACGCUAUACCUCGCUCUGUUGUAUCGCAAUAUCCCAUACUGACACUUGUAAUACUGACGGGGUGCUGGUCAGCAGCGCCAUGAUGUUUGGAUUACCAGAUACCUAGUGUAGACUGUACUGUCUCUGAAUUCACGAACUGUUACUGUACCUAUGAUCUCACGUCGCGUUGCAAAGUGUUUGUACUUAGAAUCGAAUGAUGCCGAUGCCGAACGAUUGAAUAUGCUGGGUCAAGCUGCCCUGACUCAGAAUCCUCUCGGAGA